CAUAAUAUAAUCCAAUCAGAGCUCGAAACGGAGCUCACCCCGGAAGUGCUGACACGAGAGCUACGUCCCCACGUCGGCUCGGAGUGAAUGACACAUUAAAACAUCACAAAUGGCCUCCAGGGACGCGUUUAAAGUGUCCUCCCUGAAGGGAAAGGUGUGCCUGAUCACAGGUGCCAGCUCCGGCAUCGGUGCAGGUACGUCUGUCCUGUUCGCUAAGAUGGGCGCGGAGCUCGCGCUCAAUGGCAGAGACCUGGAAAGUCUGAAGAAAGUCGCCAAGGAUUGUGCCGAAUGUGGCGCUGGAGCUGAGCCCCUGCUGGUGCCAGGCGACCUGACUGACGAGUACACGGUGAAGAGAACAGUGGAGGACGUUAUCGCACGUUUCGGCCGACUGGAUGUCCUGGUGAACAGCGCCGGUGUCUUGGCCAUGGGUGGCAUCGAGACCUCGGACUUGGCGACGUACGACAGGGUCAUGAACAUCAACGUCAGAUCCGUGUACCACCUGACUCAACUCUGUGUGCCUCACCUGAUCAAAACCAAAGGCUCCAUCGUCAACGUAUCCAGCGUCAACGGACAGAGAUCGUUCCCAGGUGUGCUGGCCUACUGCAUGUCCAAGUCCGCCAUUGACCAGUUCACACGCUGCGUGGCUUUGGAACUGGCAUCCAAGCAAGUUCGAGUGAACUCUGUGUGUCCUGGUGUGAUUGUCACAGACGUCCACAAAAGAGCGGGACUGAAUGAAGAUCAGUAUGCUCAGUUUCUUGAGAAGUCCAAGCAGACGCACGCCAUGGGCCGGCCUGGCCAGGUGGACGAGGUGGCUCACAGCAUCGCCUUCCUGGCAUCGGACGCUGCCAGUUUCAUCACCGGAGUCAACCUCCCCAUCGACGGGGGACGCCAUGCUAUGUGCCCGCGAUGACCUUAACGGUACUAAUCGUAAUAAAGCACAUGCCAGAUGUCAUGUUCAUGU